GUUCCAUGAAAAGCCUCAAUGAUUUACUGUUAUUCGUUCGGGAAGAGGUUUUUAAGCACAAAACCAUCAACUAUUCGCCUUAAAAAUAUCACAUUUUAAUUUCAGAGCCAAAUUUAAGGUCAUAUCUUGGCUAUUUUUUAACCAAUAUGCCCCGCCCACCAAAAAAAUCUCAGAACGGCAUUCGGAGAAGCACGUGACCACUGACGUCACCUAAAGAAGAAAGUUGCAGUUCGCGAGAUUGUUUUGCCCGCACGGUCUAUGGGUUUCACGUGUGUAGUGUAUUGUCUUUCAAUCCUUGCGGUCGCCGUCGUCAUUAUUUAUUUUAAUGAAAAGUUACAAAAAUGCCAACCAGAUGUAUCGUUGCUGGAUGUUCUAAUACUACUAAAGAAAACGUUAGUUUGCACCGAUUUCCAAGAGACCCCAGUCUUCGUAAAGUUUGGACUUCGAAAGUAAAACUUACUCGAGCUAACUGGGCAGGCCCCUCGGACACUAGUGUCAUUUGCAGUGUACACUUUGCGGAGACCGAUUUCGAAGAACCAGGAUUGUGGACAGAAUUUGGACUAAAAAAACAAAGGCGGUUGAAAGCAACGGCAAUUCCUAACAUCAGGAGCAGUUCUUAUGAAGAACCGAAAAGGAAGCAGAGAGAAUCAGUGGAGAAAAGGAAGAAAAUACGGAUGCUAGAUGAACUGCUUAGCCUUGGAAAUCCUGAAAGUACUCAUGAUGAUGAUGAUGACAGUGAUGAUGAUGAUAGUGAUAAUGAUGGGGUUGAUGACAUCAAUAUGCCAGGACCAAGCUGGGCUACAGAUGCCGAUGUAGCACCCAUGCAGGUAGAAGAUGUUAUUCCAUCAUCUCGUCGCCCAGCUACUACCUGUAGAUCUGUAGGUAUCCAGACAAAACUGAAAGUUCCGACCAGAGUGAAAGGAGUUCAAAUGAAACCACGCACAAAAACAAUGGGUGUGUAUGUCUGCACACUCGAGGCAGAGCAGAUGGUGCCCAUAAUAACAUCGAGGGGGACCAGUUACGACCCAAAAGACGGGAAGGUAAAAGAAAGAAAAGCAGACAGCCCACCUUCACCUGAUGAGAGCUCAUCAUCAAGUGACAGCCCAUCACCAUCACCUGAGAGUCCACCAUCACCUACGUCGAAACAGCCCCAUUCACCUGGAUACAAACCAGAUGAAAGUUCAUCUUCAGAUGAAGAGAGCUCACCAAGAAAGGCGAAGAAGAAAAGGCGAGGUCGUAAGCCGGGCGAGCAGUUUGUUGCCAGAUCGAGAGUGUUGCCCCAUGAAGAGCGAAAAUAUAUUGUAUUCGAAUCUAACCUAAUGCAGCUUUUCAAAUGCUGCCAGAAAUGUUCGUCCGGAAAUGUGAUUACAACAAAAACUGUAAUAGGAACAUUCCUCAGGGUAACCUGUGAGUGUGUGACAUGUAACAACUUAUCCAAGUGGGAUAGUCAGCCUCGUUAUGGGUCCGCUCCAGCCGGGAACAUUCUUCUUUCAGCUUCAACUCUAUUUGCCGGAGGGAGUCCAUCCAAAACUCUCAGAAUCCUGAACUUUCUUAGAGUUGAAUGUAUUAGUGAAAGAACAUUUUUCAGGCACCAGAGAGGAAUUCUUCAGCCUGUAGUUGAGAAGGUUUGGAAAUCGCAACAAGACACCAUCUUGGAGAAGUUACGGGCCAGAGGGGCUCCGCUUGUUAUAGGGGGCGAUGGACGAGCUGACAGCCCUGGGCAUUCAGCCAAGUACGGAGCGUAUACUGGGAUUGAGCUCUGCGUCAAAAAGAUAGUGGAUAUACAGCUAGUGCAGUCAAAUGAAGUGAAGAAUAGUUCCCACAUGGAACUAGAGGGGUACAAAAGGCUACAUCAGAAGCUGACAAAUGAAGAUUUGACAAUAGGAAGGUUAGUGACGGAUCGGCAUCGCCAGCUGGCAAAGUACGUCCGGGAAACAUCACCUGGUAUCGUCCAUGUCCAUGAUGUAUGGCAUGUGGCCAAAGGUGUCACAAAGAAAGUCCAUGGGCUGUCCAAGAAGAAAGGAUGUGAUGUGAUGGGUGACUGGGAGCAAAGUGUGAACAACCACAUGUAUUGGGUUGCCUCGUCAACACCAGAAGAAGAACCUGAGCUACGUGAGGCCAAAUGGACUUCCUUGGCUAACCACAUUCAGAAUGUCCAUGAAGGACAUAGUGAUGUGUUUCCCCGUUGUCUCCAUGGUGACCUUGAUGCAGGCAGGCGUAAGAGAUGGCUAAAGCCAGGUACCAUGGUUUCUGAGAAGUUUGAAACAAUCAUUACUAGCAAAACAUUGAUCAAAGAUGUGAAGAAGAUGUCCAAUGUGGAGCAAACAUCUUAUGUAGAGUCAUUUCAUGCUCUCAUCAACCAAUUUGCACCAAAGAUGAAGGCUUACAAAUAUCAUGGUAUGAUUUGCAGAUUACACCUUGCUGCUAUUCAUUUCAACACCAACAUUGAACGCCCACAAGCAACAACGAGAGCUGGUAAAAAAUGCUACAAACUUAAGAAGCCUAAAUACAAACCUGGCAAGGCAAUUGUAAGUGCCUUCAAGGGACCACAGGACUAUGGCUAUGUAGCUGAGCUUCUGAGUGAAGUAGCAAAGAGAUCGAAAGACUACAAGGGGAAACGAGACAGAAAGAACUCUCCACCACCACUUACCAGCAGAUUCACCUACCCAAGCAAGGAUGAAGUUAUCAAGCGACACAAGAGUCGGUUUAAUCUCCCGAAGGAAUGAAUUUAUUCCAACUGUUUACCACUUUGAAUCUACGUCUUUGUUAUGAUCACCUUGAAAUACAUCUUUAUGCUAUGCAAUAUACUUGAUAAAACCAUAUAAAAGGACUUUUCACCUGGAUGUACAAUGCUUGUAUAAGGGCUAGUCUAAGCCAUUCUCCUUUCUGAGAUAUUUUAUUCUUUUUUGCUCACCAUAUCACUGCCUUUAUCACAUGAUUGUGGAAUUGUAUGUAGUUGUCUAAUUGAGAAACUUGGAGUGGAAUGACCCAUCAUCUCACUAUUCUAAUUUGUACUCAAGAAUGGUUUGACAUUUAUCAAAUCUGUGUGAAAAUUAGAUAACUUCAUUGUUGGUGGAUGUAGAUAAUUGUAUGUAAAUGAUGCACUUGGUUAGUAUUAGCUUAUUUGCCAUGUUAUCUUUGAUGGACAUUUUGUAAAGAAAGAAUGGUAGAUGGACUGAGGGAUAAUAAAUAGUCCCAUAUGAUCUGUUUCCUACCAGAUUCGAACUGUAGAUUUUUUUUCAUCAUCUUCUGAUGAGAUAUGAAAUGAAAAACAAAGAACUGCAAUCAACAUUGUGGCAAUAUCCAAUACUGAAUUUUCACCAGGAGUAGGAAACUGAAUUCACGUACAUUGUCAGUAUUGGAUAUUAUGUUCGUUUGUUGUAUAAAUUGAAUAAUUUCAUGCAUUACUGCCUGUGGAAAUACUUAGGUGUUGGUUUGAAUUUUCAACUGCACAGAAUCAUCUCUAAUGCUCCCGGUUUUGUUUCUACUUAAAAAAUCUUUUGUUACAUCCAGGGCUACAUGUAGUUGAUACACGUUUCAUGAAUAUUUGCUUGCAUCUGAUGAGAUUAAAUGCACAUUUAGGCUUCCAAGAUUUUGCUUUCUUUCAAGUUGCCUUCUCGCACCUCUUGGAAGAAGUGACCAGAGUGCUUGCCCUUCCUCAUUCUGCUUGCCACUAUAGUCAAUGUUUAUUUGUAUGUAUUGCCAAUAUCUUUACCCAUUGAUAGAUUUCCUAUACAUGUAUAUGUAUUUCCAAGAAGUUUAUCAGAUAUGCAAUAUCCUUUUCUUGCCCAUAUCUUAGAGCAUCAGUAUUGCCAAAAGUAUAACCAAAUAUAUGACUGCUAAAACUUUUGCCCAUAUGUAUUGCUGAAACCAAUGAAUGAAAGAUGUAAUUUGCUAUUACCCUUGCCUUUUUAUUACAUUGCCAAAACCAACCUAAAAUAUACUUUCCUAUUACAUGUACCCUUGCUCUUUUUCUGCAUUGCCUAAACCAACCUUAGAUAUGUUUUGCUAUUAAAUAUUCUUUCCCUUGUAUAAAAAAAUGUGUAUUUAUUGCCAGAACUUUAAUUAAAGAUAUGUAUAAAUGUAGGGAAAAGUAAUCUGGUCUACAAAAUGUACUUUCAAUGUAGCAAUUAAGUUAGACAUGGAAGUAUUUUUUAUGAAAAAGUUACAUGUUGUAGUAUGAGCAUGUGAAUAGUAUUACUCAAUUGAUUCAGGUUUUUAUUUGUGUCGUAUAAAGUAUACUGUGUGUUUCAAAGAAAUUGUAUAUAUUUUUGUCAUAUCCAGACCUUGAUCUUUUCAAGUGCUACAGAAAAGAGAAUCAUCAUUCAUGGUCGGAUGACAAAAAUGUGAUUAUAUCCUUUACGUACAUUUAAUUGAUUCCUAAACAAACAGCAAUAUUUCAUGAUGCUAGAAAUUUAUACUGAUUGUAUGGACAUAUUUAGGGUUUUCAUUUGUCACAUUUCAGUACAAGUCAUAUUUACUUGCCAUUUUUUACUUUCACUACUAGCCAAAGCAUGACCAAUCUUUUCUAUCAGUGGCACUUUUAUAGAUGAGACUACAUGACUAUUGGAAUUAAGAAACUAUAUACAUGUUUUAGCUAUGUAUUUUUUACAUUUUAUUUAUUAAUAUUAUCUGUUAGUUUUACAUAUAUAUAAAACCAUGCUUGUAAAUAUACACAUAUGCACAUCCAUGAACUGCAAGUUGGGAUUAAUUGUGUUAGCUUGGUACGUUAGCUGAUUACAUUUGUAGAUGCAUUUGCACUUUACAAUGUUUGCUUCUCCACUAUUGUUGUUUGAUUUUGACCCCCCUUCCCCAUUAGAGCAAAUUGAAGGUGUACGAUCAAUUGCAAUUCAGAAACAACUUUUAUGAUUGGUUAAUAGUUGUGAAUUAAUACAUGUAUUGCAUUUUAUGUAUUGCAAUAUUGCCUUUAUGUUAUGAUGAUCUGGAUUUACUUCAUAUUGUCAUUAGAAGGGAUCUGAUGCACUGUUGAUCAUCUUCCGUUCCCUGUUGAAUAACAUACAUAAAGGACUGAUUGAGCUAUUCACACAAAAAUCAUCUCUCAUGCAUUUUUAUAAAUACAACUCUCAUUCGUUUUUAUUAAUACACCAGUGAUUUGUAAAUUUCAUAUUCAGGAGUAUUAUUUCUCAUAUCUUAUAUUUGCCAAAGAUGUGUUAUUCAAUGUACUAUUUUUUAACAAGAGAUUUCAUGUUUCUAACCUUGCCUGUAUUAUACCAAACUAUAAAAAGAUGUUAUUUUGCUUUUCGAUAAAACUUAUUGUUUGCUGUAGCUGGAAGAUAUGUUUACAUUUAGACAGCAGAUUUAGUUCGCUUGUUAUUAAAAUUGAAAGAUAUU